CAAUCGUGACAGUUCAAUGACGUUUCUUCAUUUGUUGUGAAUGUGAUUUUUCAAAUGAAAUAAUGUCUCUUAGAAAAGUACUUUCUCUAACAAGAACUGCGUGCUGUAACAUAACUAAUUUACAUUCAAAAAAUUAUUUAAGGCAAAACGUAUGGCUGCUAACUGUUAACUCACCAAAAUUUUACACAACAAAAGAUAUAGAUAAAAAAGAUCCUGAGAAGACUGAUAUUUUAGGGCGAUUCUUCCCACAAAGUCCUCUCACUACAGAAGAUGCACAGGCUAUCAAGAAAGAACAGGAGAAGUUUGAACGGGAGAAUAAAGAAAAGACAGAAGAAAAUGAGAAAAGUUGGAGACGAAUGAAGAUGGGUUUUGCGGUAUUUGGUGGAGCCAUGACGGUGAUGGGUGGCUGCAUGGUGGUGGAGAUGGGUGCUCCACGCCGCGGUGAUGAUGGCGAAAUCAUAGAGGACGAGUUCUCACAUAUGCCCGUCGUCCUCCAGUAUCUACGGCGCACAUGGAAAGAGCUCACUUUUUAUGAAAAGAUGAUAAAGGAGCCUUCCCGUGAGAAGUUACUUUUUUUUUUUUUCCCACCGCCGUAUCAGCCCACUUACACACUGGUGCUGGAUUUUUUUUUUUUUCUUGUCCAUCCCGACUGGUCCUACCAGACUGGCUGGAGGUUCAAGAAACGUCCAGGAGUCGACCAGUUCCUACAGACUGUCGCAAGUUCCAACUACGAGGUGGUGAUCUUUACCUCGGAGAAUGCUUUCAUGAUAUGGCCAGUGCUGGAUAAGUUAGAUCCGGAGAACAAGUUCAUCACAUACAGGCUGUUCAGGGACUCCACACACUUCAUUGAUGGAGUACAUGUCAAGAACCUUGAGGGACUUAAUCGUGAUCUGUCUAAGGUAAUAGUAAUUGACUGGAACAAAGCCGCUACCAAGUUCCACCCACAGAACUCCCUCAUUCUGAAGAAAUGGAAAGGAGCUGAUGAUGAUACUGCCCUCCUCGACCUUGCCAACUUGCUACAAACGAUAGCCAUGUCCGACGUAAUUGACGUGCGUGAAGUGCUGACGUACUACAGUCAGUUCGAUGACCCCAUCGCUGCCUUCCGCGAGAACCAGCGCAAGUUGAUGGAACAGCUGGAGGAGAAGGAACGAGAGAACAAAGGACCUGACCAGCCACUCACUAGAAGCUGGUUAAGGACCUUCACCAGGCGCUAACUCCUGCUUUAGUUUUCAACGAAUUACCCGAAGACUGAAUGAAUACCUCUGCGGGAUACCUACUGAUGCUAUUUAAAAUGUUGUAAAAAAGCUAAGCUUUAACAACUUUGCAUUAACAUGCAUUGUAAGUAGACUUUGCUUGAUGUAACACAAAUUAAAUUGUUAGUAUAGUAUGAAUGGUUGAUAGUUCCCAACUUGUUACAACAACGUAGCUUCCAACUUUAUGCUGCUUGUUUGUAUUAAUAAGCAGCUAAAGUUUCAAACUACAUUGCACCAUGUUUAUGAAUUAAUUUUAAUGUGUAUAUGUUUGUAUGUUGAUUUGAUGUGUGUGAGGUUGUUUCACUUGAAAAACUCAGUCAUAUAGGUAGGAAAUAUAGUUGUU